GUUUUGGGCUCGUCUUGGAACGCAGGGCAAAGUUCCCCCUCUUGGUUUUGUCGCAGCCGUCGGCAGCGACCAGCGUGCAGGCUCUCCGCAAGCAGCUAUACACCACACCCACCAGCCGCACGCUCUCCCCACGCUCCGCGCGUCGCAUCGAUCCGCAUCGAUGCCGCGCCCGCGCAAGGUCGUCCUCCUGGGCGACUUUGGGGUCGGCAAGACGUCAUUCGGCACAAGGCUGGCCAAAGGAGAGUUCCACGAGUCGACGCUCGCGACGCUCGGGGUCGCGCACUUUAACGUCGCCGUGAGGGCGGCGGGCGACGGGCCGCUGGCUCCAGCGGUGAAAUUGGAGAUCUGGGACACGGCCGGCCAGGAGCGCUACCGGUCGAUGGACACGUUGAAAUUGUAUUUACGCGGUGCUGCGGGCGCCAUCAUCGUCGCGGACCUAACGCGGGCGGCGUCCUUCGACGCGGCGGUACGCGUCAUCGAGCAGAUCCGCGGCGACGAAAUCGGCUGCAACAUCCCGAUCGCCCUCGCGGCGAACAAGAGCGACCUGCCCUCGCGCCAGGUCGAGGCGGCGGCCGUGCGCGCGGCCGCCGCGGACUUAAAGCUGGCCGACGCGCGCGAGACGUCGUGCAAGACCGGCGACGGCGUCCUGGCCCUCGCGCGGGCGCUGGUCAAGGCGCUGCCGCCGCCCGAGGCGCCGCCGGAGACCGUCGAGCUCGAGGGACCUUCCUCAUCCACUGCGUGUUGUUAGUUAAAAUUACGUGUU